AUAUGUAUUUAUAUACAUAUUGUAACAGUAAUCUCUACUAAAACGACUUUCUUUCAGGAAGGUAAGAGUGGAAGGGUUACCCAUCCGCGUUCGAUACAUGUCUGAAAGCAUAGCGUGGCAUUCGUGAAUCUUGGGAAAAAUUAAUUUUUAUAAAUUCAUAAGAGAAAUUAAUUCAUUUAAAUUUAUAGCAAAAAAAUGUGCUGUAAAGUGGUAGAGCGAAGACCUCACAAACGGGAUAGGAUGAUGCUAAUAGAUUCCAUUGGCAUCAUCCAAUCCCAUUUGUGAGGUCUCCCCUCCAUCACUCGUAGUACAUUCCAAUUUCCAAGCAGAUCCAUAAUAUAACCAUAACAUCACUGCUGUUAUUAUUUAGUCCUGCGAUUAUUCCACGUUUUAUUGCUGAACAUUGUCUGAAUGUCAGCAUUCAACGCGAAUGCUCAAUAACACUUAAAAACUAAAUGUAAACUAAAUAUGUAAUUUAAGUUUGGAUUAAUAUAUAAAAUAUAAUACAGUGUUUGUACAAAAUGAUACAAUGCGUUUCUAUGCGUCUGUUGAAAAUUCGAUCUCAUGCACAGUUAAUGAAUCGUUUAUUCAGUAAUACGAAUAUAAACAGAUGUUCCAGUAAAAGCUUAUCUAAACAAGACAUUGAUGAUUCUAAACAAAUUAUAAAGUCAGUGAAAUAUCCUGAUUAUAAAGUAAUCUAUACUUAUCCAGGCAUUAAAUAUGUUUCUGUUUUAAACUUAGCAAAACGUAAUCAAAGUAUUUUUUUUGGAGUAUCUAUCUUGGCAUCUACAGGUGCAUGGUUACUGAAUAUGAUAUCAACAGAUCUUUGUUUAUCAUACAUAAGUGGUUGUGGUCUAAUCACAAUUUCAAUCCAUGUGGUUACUCUAAUGUGCAACAAUAUGAUUGGACAUAUAUAUUUAAGAAAUAAUGAUGAAAGUGUAAUAUUUGCAUAUACUAAUUAUUGGGGUGAAAGAGUAGAUCUAACAACUGAUAUUGAUAGUAUUUUACCUCUUUCAGAAAUUCCUUUAAAUCCUUGUUCCCAGAUUUAUAGAGUAUUGUACAUUAAAAAUUGUAAAGAAAAGUUAAAACUAGCAAAUAGUGGACGAAAAGUUCACAAAGAACAUUUUAUAAAUAUAUUUGGUAUGUAAUAUUGAUUCUUUAGAUAUAAAUUUAUAAUAAUAGUUUUAUUCUGUUGAAAUAAAUGCCUACAGUUUUAUAUGA